ACGAUUGGUAGCUACUACUAGUAAUUGUGUAGCAGUACGGGCUGUUUUACGAACAAUUGGCUUUAUAGUUUGUUUUAAAGUUUUAUUAUUUAAAACCCUUUUGUGAACAAACAUAAGUAAAAAUGGACGACGAUUUACCUACCGACUUCCAGGUCAUCGUUGUUGGAACGGGUAUGGUGGAGUCAAUUGUGGCAGCAGCCUGCAGCAGAAUAGGGAAGAAUGUUCUUCACUUAGAUUCUAGCGACCAUUAUGGUGGGCUCUGGGCAUCCUACAACUUUGAUGGGCUUCAGAAGUUCAUCAAAGAAGUCAAUGCUGAUCCUAAGCGUCAGCAACAGGUCUACAAUGUCUCCGAAAACUGGUAUAUUGAAAAGGAUGCACCACAAGAAGAAGAAAAGAAAGAAGGAGGGGAAGAAUCAAAGGACCCCACCAAAAAAGUUUGGACCCAAGCAAGCUUCGCAGCUGAAUACAGGAAGUUCAACAUUGACAUGACUCCUAAGCUGCUGUUCUCCCGCGGGCCGCUGGUGGAGCUCCUCAUCUCGUCGAACAUCGCGCGCUACGCGGAGUUCCGCUGCGUGACCCGCGUGCUGACGUGGCUGGACGGCAAGCUGGCGCCCGUGCCGUGCUCGCGCGCCGACGUCUUCGCCACCGAGGCCGUCGGCAUCGUCGAGAAGCGGCAGCUCAUGAAGAUGCUCACAUCCAUCGUCGGGUAUAAUGAGGAGGAGAUGAACAACGAAUUUAAGGACUGGAACGACAAGACGUUCAAGGAGUACCUGACCCACAAGGGUCUGACGCCCACCCUGAUCCACUACGUGCUGUUCGCGAUCGCGGGCGGAGACAACAACAUGCCGUGUCUCGAGGGCGUGCGGGAGUGCAAGAAGUUCCUCAUGAGCCUGGGCCGCUACGGGAACACGCCCUUCCUCUGGCCCAUGUACGGCAGCGGGGAGCUGCCUCAGUGCUUCUGCAGACUUUGCGCUGUAUUCGGCGGCGUGUACUGCCUUAACCGGCCCAUCGACAAGGUGGAAUCCAAGACGGUGGACGAGGGCAAGACCCAAGUGACCAUCGCCAGCAAGUCCAAAACGCUCAACUGCGACCACCUCGUCAUCGGCAUCAACGACUGCCCGAAGGAACUGCUGUCCGACGAGCCGGCGGAGCGCUGCGAUAUCUCCAAGGGCGUGUUUAUAACCAACUCGUCCAUCCUUGCGAGCGAGAAGGAACCCCUGACGCUGCUGCGCUUCCCGCCGCUCGGCGACUCGGGCCACGCCGUCACCGUGCUGGAGGUGGGGCCCGCCACCGGCUCCUGCCCCAAGGGCCUGUUCGUGGUGUACUUCAUCACGAACAAGGUGAACGACGCGGAAAGCGACCUCAUGCCGUACGCCGAGAAGAUCUUCCACAUGGGCGCCGGCGACUCCCCCGACGAAAGACCUAAGUGCCUGUGGUCGCUGCUGUACAACGUGGCGGACACCAGCGCGGGCGCCGUGUGCCGCGCGGCCGGCGUGCACGUGUGCGCGGGGCCCGACGCCGGGCUCGACUUCGACCGCGCCGUGCACCAGGCGGAGCAAAUCUUCAAGCAGAUCUGCCCGGAGUCGGAGUUCCUGCCGCGCGCGCCCGACCCCGAGGAGAUCGUGUUCGAGGACGACGUGACGCACGGGCCCGAGUUCCAGGCCGGCGACGACGACAAGCAGUAGGCGCGAGGCCCGUCGCCCGGUCGACUUCCGCUUUUAAUCCAGCCGCUCUCGAGAAUGUUCUCCGUUAUUGCUGUCAACUCACGUUCCAGAUUUCUCGUGCUAAGCGGAGAUCAUCAUUGGCCACAGCAUCUUUCCAGAUGGCGUUCUCCGGAGUUCCGCGGAGCGGAGAACGUUCUUGAGAACGGUGCGACUCUAACCCGUUGUCGUGUUUAAGUCGUGUGACCAUCAGUGAGAUGUGCGAACUGUCUUCGGUUUUUUAUUUUGUACGCGUACUCCAUUACGCACAUUAGAAGACUGUAGGUGUAUUCAUGUUAUAAAUAAUCUCGAUCGAUAAAGCGUUUUGCGGGAUUUUUAUUUCGUAGGAAGCUGUGCACAUUUUAAAAAUUAAUUUGGGUCAUCACUAGCUAUCGACAAUUCCAAGUUAUCUACGAAAUAUAAAUUCUGCAAGGUGACAUAAAUGAUGCCGCAGAACAGUCUCACACUUACGAAAAUUAUUCUAAACCAAAGUACUGUCUGACAUCUCACAAAUUGAAUGGACUUAUAACAUUUUUUUCAAUUAUUGAUGUCAAUUUCAACUUUAACAUAAUUUAUACGUAGCGUAGCUCAAUUUUAUUUUUGACAUCAUAUAAGAAAUUUAAAAUUUCUUAAUAAAAAAAGAUCUCUGACUAUUUUUUUACUUAACUAACCAGUGGACUUAUUUAUUCUUAAAUUUAAAGAGGCUAAAGCAUGUGUUCUAAAGAAGGGUAGGUAUUUCAAUAGGCCUUUAGUUCUUUCAAGUUAUAAACUAGAAUUAACGAUUUUAAAGUGUAGCUCCUUCCAGGGAAGGGAACGCCCAUUGGUACCAAUUGAUUGUUCCUAUACGUUCUAGGAGGGAGUUAUUAGACUUUCACUAGAAACACUAUUCGAUACAUUUAAAUUCGACUCGAUAUUUGGUCUCGAUGGUUGUGUCCACAAAAAACAUUCAUAUCAAAAGUUUUAUUUGUUAAACGACAUAAACACAACAGCGGGUUCGCAGUACGUUUGAGCGUAACCCAGUUCGGUUCCAAUUUUAGUAUUUUCAAUACAUUGAUAGUAUUGAUACGCUCGAGGGUGCUGACUAUAGUUAAGGUAUAAAUAAUCUCAGUAAGACUUUGAGGCUUUCAACGCUUUUCUUGAUGCAUUCCGACUGGUGCGUUAGGUCGACACGACGCGCAAGGCACGCUGGGAAGAUCAGCAUUUUAAGAAAACUUAGAAAUUGAAGUAUAAUUAUUUUCGUUAGCUAUUUUGUUUAUGUGCAACACGAAUACAUGGCACAAUAGUGAGAUUUCCAGUGAGUUGCGCGCCGCGUUGAGUUGAUAGAAUGAUUGUAGACUGAUUUACCAAGUUUACUGCGACAAAAAAUUAGAUAAAAUUAUUUUGCUGCGCAUGAUAGGUUAUCGUCUUUUUAUCGCAUUAGGAAAAUGUUAAAACUCCGCUGGACUCAUUGCGUCAACAAGACUAGGAUUUGCGUGAGUCGUACUUAAUGCAAAAAACGAGAAUGGCGUCAAAACUCGCCGUGACUCUGAAACAGUAGGUUUAGCGGAGACUUUAGUUAUGUUUAGAGCUGACUUGGUAAAUGAAACAUAGUAUUUAAAGUGGCGACGCAGGGUCAAGCGGGAAGCUGGCUAGGUUAUCUUGAUACGAAAUAGCAAGAUGAACAUGUAGCAAAUAAAAUUAUUCAUAAUGUCGAUCGCAGUCAUGACAUGGUAUAAUCAGCAUCAAAAUCUGCUACGGGUACUGGUACUGAAAUAAAGAUUUACUAAGAAUAUUGUAGGUAACCCGUUAUAACUUAUAAGGAAGAGGAAUUAUACUUAUUUCGUGAUUUUAACGAUUUUAUCUAUAAAGUGACAGGGUUCGAAUUACACACUUUCUGACACAAAUCAAGGAUUAUAAGAGCUCGUGCAGUACAUUGUGACCAAUUUUAUACAUCCACUUAGCUGAUUUUGACGCUGACUUUACUGGUGCGCGCUAACGAAAUAAUCAAAUAUUAAUUUAAGAUAUUAUUUUAAGCGUUAUUUAUUAUAAAUAUUUCAAAAGUGUUUAUUUGUGAAUUAGUCUUAUCAAUAUUGAUAUCUACCGUUGACAACAUCAUCAUUUUGGCGAUUCAUACACUUCUGUUUAAUUUGAAGUAUUUCUUAUUUAAGUUUAUCACCAAACUCAGAUUUUUAUUAUUUAAAUUGAUAAUCAGAAUUGAAAGUUCAAGGAAGCGUAAUCGUACUGUCGCGAGGUUAAACUGUGCAAUUAGGUAUCGUAGUUAUAAGGACUAGGCAGUUCUGAAAUGUUAACUGUUAACAUUUUGAACGCAUGCACCAGUCUUAAAAAUAGAUCACUACUGAUUUAUUAUUAUUUAAAAUUAAAAGCACGUUUAAUCGAUAUUUUAUUGUCAAACGAGCGUAACCAUGCCUUCGCUGCUUGUGCAUUUAUAAUUCAAAUAAAUUGUGAUUAAUAGUA